CUAACAACCGCAUUCGCUCCACCAGGUGUUCCCCGAAUGACUCAUUCCUCAGCCUCAACUCUAGAUAUCUCAUAAGUAACUCAAUAGCAACCUCACUCUCAGUUGAUUCCACACCAGCAUCCCUGAAUCUUUUCGAGUUUCCACUGUGAACGCAAUCCCAGCAUCUAAGCCCGCGACAUUAUCCAACAGCCUGUUUUUAGCUUCUUCCAUACCACAACACCAACCACCACAGCAAACAUGGCAUCCCCCGUCUCAAUCAUCGUCGCCUCCAAAAACCCAGUCAAAGUCCAAGCCGCAAAACUCGGCUUCGAAUCAGCCCUUCCAAACGCAACCUACACCGUCCGCGGCGUCAGCGUCCCCUCCGGCGUCCCAGACCAGCCCCUCACCGACGAAGAGACCCUCCGCGGGGCUCUGAACCGGGCCCGCAACGCCCGGGAGGUCGAAAAGGACGCAGACUACUGGAUCGGCCUCGAGGGCGGCAUCGACAUGCCGGCCGACCAGAGUGCCCCCAUCAUGAACUUUGCCUGGAUCGUCGUCAUCAGCCGGGACGGACGCGUGGGCAAGGCAAGGACCGGCGCGUAUUACCUCCCCGAGGAGAGUGCUGCGCUACUGCGCCAGGGCAUGGAGUUGGGGCAUGCGGACGAUUUGAUCUUUGGCCAGACGAAUAACAAGCAGAGCAAGGGGUCUGUUGGCAUGUUGACGGAUGGUGUCAUUGAUCGGACGUCGUACUAUCACCACGCUGUCAUCCUAGCUCUGAUUCCCUUUAAGAAUAGGAAUUUGACGUUUGUCUGAACAUUUCGGGCAAGUGCAAAGCAGGGGUUGUCCCUCCAACGUUUGGAUAUCAGGCUUGAUGUCUUCUUUGGUCUCUCUCGACACUUGAUAUCGAGGCAGGUGAGAUAUGCAUGAAAUAUAAGCUCAACUGGAAGCUAUCAUCCAGUUCUGCAUACACUAGAUAUGAUCCUAUUUAGCAAGGCAUGCUCUUUGCCAUGACUCAAAGGCGUUCUCUGGUACUUCCUACCAGGUAUUUAAACGUCUUACUAC